CAUUCUAUAUUUCCUCGUACAUAACAUAUUUUGAAAAGAACAUGGAAGACGCUCUCUUCUUUAUGAGCAAACAUUUUCUACUCUUAUCUUAUUCACUACAUAGUUUCCUAUAUCCAUCAUUGCUUCUUAGGUAUUAUUUAUGCUUUUUUUCGAACAUAGUACAAUUUCUCUUUUGCUUUUAAUAUAAUUUUACAGUGUUCUACAUAUUCGAUUUUAACAAAAUUAUUAGUACCAUAGUAAACAGUGUUUUCACAUUAGCACAAGAAGUUGGUGCUUAAAAUAAAAUCCUCACUUACUUAAAAUUAAAAUCUUCACUAUUACCAUAAAGUGUUUCCUAUUUCAGAAUGCAGUUUAUUAUAUACGCUUUUCCAUAUUUUUUAAAUUCUGUAGUAUGCAUAAAUUUCUGUUAUAAUAUUGCUGAAUCUUAGAUAGAAUGAACCUUUUUCUGCAUGAACAAAAGUGAUUUGAUAAAUAAAUAAAACUAUGUAAAAAGCGAUUGAAUUCUGAAGCGUUUUCUCGGGCUGCAGAUGAAAAUAACUUAGUGACCGGCAUUUUAGGAGUAUGAAGAACAGACACGUCAGACAAACAGAAACAAAAAUUGGAAAGAAAAAGAGAAACGAAUAAAUAGACUGAAUAAAUUGAAAAGAGAAAAUGAUCGUUCAAGGUUUUAUGCCAAAAUAUCAAAUUGACUAGGAAAGAGAAUUGGAGAACAAGAAAAGCAAAGUAUAAAGAACAAGAUAUUCUGCGGCAAAGAAAGAGAAUCAGAUGCGUUAAAUAAGCGAAAUGUCAAUACUGUAGUAUGUGAACGAAAUGAAUGUAUAUAAACAUGCACAGUGAAAGAUGAGAGAAUGAUUGUUCAUAAUGUAUAGCAUAGGAUGUAAAUGCAGUGGAAUCCGAAAACUUGAUCAUAUUGCGGGCAUUUUUUUUCUGUAAGAUGUUCCGUGCAAAUAAAACUUGCUCAAUUUUGAACAAACGUUCAUGAAUUUAGGAUGUUCAAACUUUUGUUUUCGGCCCUACCUAUCUUUAUUUGCGAGAUGUUGCUACAAUGAGAAUCAAAAUUCUCUAUCUAAGUAAAAGUUGAAGAGUUACAAGUGAUUUUAAAUUGAAGCUAACAUUUAUGGCCACAACGUACAAGACUUCGAUUUUAAGAAAUGUUUGAUCUGUUGCGCCUGCUUUUUUCUUUUUCGACUUUAUUCAGUCUGCCUGUAUAUUCUAUGGUACGUGUUCAUGGAAAAAGUAUUCGUUCAAUCAUAUUGUAGAAAAGAAAAACUAUAUAAUGUGUAUGAAAAACGACUGACCAAUUUAAUGAGAUAGAACAAGCGGAGAAAAGUAAUACAUGUAUAUAGUGUUUCUCUUGAAUAAACUUGCCCAUUACCUCAGUUGUCUCUACCUAUAUCUAUGUCAUUUUCAUCCACUAUUAUUCGUAAGUAAGGGAAGAUAUCAAUCAGUAUCAGUAUUGAAAGAUACGGUCAGUAACAUCGAAUGACAAUUGAUCAACAAAAUGGUGUCAGAAACGAUAAGGUGUGGUACUUGUGAAUGCUCAGAAAUAAAAUGAGCACUAAACUUCAAGCCAUUCAUUAGUUGUUUUGCUUUUUUUGUUUUACUUUUAUAGUUAUUUCAUAAAUUUACCUGAUUUGAUCAUCUUAGAAUUAUUUAAUUAUUUUACACCAAUUAAUUGUGUUCAACUGUUCUUUGACAUCGAUGAACGAUGGAAUCAAUUAUUACAUGAAAAAAAAUAUUUAACCCAUCUUGAUUAUUUAUCAUCACAAUACCUUUGUCCAUCAACAUACACUUAUUUUUGUAGACGCGUUUUACCAAAAAUUUAUCAUCAAAUUGUAUCAUUAUCUAUUAAUGAAAAUAUAACAUGUGCAAAAUUAAAAACAUUUCAUUUUAUAAAAAUGAAGAAUUUAAAAUAUUUAAAAUUAAGUUUUAUCUAUCAACCAGAAGAUUUAGAUCAAUGUUUACAACAGUUAGAAAAGAACCACAUUGAAUUAGGUAUUCAAUUUAUGAAUCGUUGUAAAAAAGAAUUUUUUCAAAUUUUAUUAAAACAUAUCGAUAACUUUGAAGCAUUUCAUUGUUCUGAUGCAUUAAAUUUAAAAUUUAACCUACCUGGUGGUCAUCGUUCAUUCGAUUAUGACUUAUUCGAUCGAAUUAUUCGAAAUUUAACAAAUUUAAAAUCUCUUUCAUUUGAUCUAUUUACAAAAGAACGAAAUAUGGAUGGUUAUCGUCUACAAAAAACAUUAUCAUCAAUGAAUUUAUCUUAUUUAGAAUUUCGUUUAGUUUUAUGUUACUGUGACUAUCCAUGCCAUCGUAAUCCUCAAAUAACAAAUAAAAAUAUAUAUUUAUGUUCAACAUUUACGCAAAUUCAACAAUGGAAUAUUUGUUGUCAUUAUGAUGUAUUAAGACAAUUAUACUUAAUUUAUACGAAACCGUGGAUGAAUAAUGUUGCAUUUGGUUGGAUAUUUGAAGUAUUGAUCAAUACGGAAUUAAAAAAUGAUUUUUAUAAUGUUAAAUAUGUUAGUUUUUGUAAUUCAGAUAAGCAACAUUUAACGUUUAAUUUAUUAACAAAAUAUUUCCCGAAUAUUAUUCAUCUGAGAUUAUUUCAAGCAUUCGAUUCUUCUCCUUCUUUAUUAUCGUUAAGAAGUACAACAGAAAUAACAAAACCAUUAAUAUUAAAUUAUUGCACGACAUUAAUAACACAUGAUAAAUAUCUUACAGUACAAAAUAAUUGUUUAUACGAAUGUGAAAAAAAUUUAAUACCAAAACGAAUUCGACGAUUAAAUUUAAUUGUAAUAAAUCAGUUGUAUGAAUUAACGAAUUUCACAUUAUGUCGUUUUCUACAAUUUUUAGAAUGUUUGUGGAUUGAGGAUAACAAUGAUACAUCAUCAUUAGAAACAAUGAACAUUGUACAAUUAGUAGAACAAUUAUUCACACAAUUACCAUGUUUAUACAAUUUUAAAUAUAUAAAAGAAAAGAAAAAUAUUGAUUUUAGUACAGAAUCAUUUGAUAAAAUGCUUUUGUUUUAUAGUGUAGAAUUAGAGGACAACUGUUUAACAAUAUGGAAAUAA